GCAACAAGACCCUGCAUGCUCUACUGUGCUCCUCGCCGCAAGGAUGGAGGAGCGAGCCCGAAGUUGUCUCCUACGCUCUCGGCCAAACCUGGAGUCGGAUAUCAAAGCAGCCUAUCUGAUGGACCAUAUGAUCACUGAUGGGGUGCUCACCAAUGACGAGGAGGAGAGGGUUCUGCAAAAGACCACUCGUAAGGAGCAGGCGGCCGCCCUGCUGGAGGUGCUCCUGCGUAAGGACAACCGGGCCUAUAUCUCCUUCUACAACGCCCUGGUGCGGGAGAGCUAUGGGGACCUGGCCAGCCUCCUGCACCCAGACCUGCCCAUGGGCUCACCCGAGGCAGAGAAGAGCUUCUCCAACGGGGGAACACCUCUGGUCCAGGUGGUUCUGAGCGAGGGGGGCGUUCCCCAGAGGCCCAUGGUGUUUGUGAGUCGCCCGGCGCUGCUGAACCAGGUGAGGGCCAAGCUCUACCAGCUGCAGGGGGGCCCCGGCUGGGUCACCGUCUACGGCAUGGCCGGCUCUGGCAAGUCCGUCCUGGCCGCCGAGGCCGUGCGCGACCACGCACUCAUCACGGAGUGUUUCCCUGACGGUGUGCAGUGGGUCUCCGUGGGCCAGAUGGAGCGUUCAGACCUGCUGGUGCGCAUGCAGUCGCUGUGCUUCCGUCUGGAGCAGAGCCAGAGUCCCGAGAGCUGCCAUCGGCCCCCGUGCUCCAUGGAGGAGGCCAAGGAGAGACUACGCUUCCUCAUGAUACGCCGCUUCCCCAGGUCCCUGCUAAUCCUGGAUGACAUCUGGGACAGUUCAGUGCUGAAGGCCUUUGACAUCCAGUGCAGAGUGCUGCUCACCACCCGCGACAGAAGCCUAGCAGACUCCGUCAGCGGUGCUCGUCAUGAGGUGGCUGUGGAGAGUGGGUUGGAGGAGGAUAAGGCUCUGGAGGUGCUGGCUCUCUAUGUCAACAGUAGCACCAGGAAACUGCCAGAGCAGGCACGCAGCAUCGUCAAGGAGUGCAAAGGCUCCCCUCUCGUCGUGUCCCUGAUUGGCGCUUUGCUUCGUGAGUUCCCCGACCGCUGGGACUACUACCUGCGUCAGCUGCAGAGGAAGCAGUUCAAGCGCAUCAGGAAGUCCUCGUCCUACGACUACGAGGCCUUGGACCAGGCCAUGGCGGCCAGCCUGCAGGUGCUGAGCGAAGAGCACCGAGAACUUUACACAGACCUGACCGUACUGGAGAAGGACGUCAAAGUACCUGCCAAGGUGUUGUCCAUCCUGUGGGAUCUGGAGCUGGAGGAUGUGGAGGACGUGCUGCAGGAGUUUGUCAACAAGUCUCUGCUGUUUCGAGACUGUAACCAGAGGCCCUACCUCUACUACCUGCACGACCUGCAGCUCGACUUCCUCGCAGAACUCAACCGAACACGCCUCACUGAUCUCCACUCUAAGGUGGUGAAGCAGUACCAGCAGCACUACAAGGCGGGGCCUCCUGUCUCCGGGGAUACCGAGAGCCUCUAUUGGCUACGCUUCCUCACCUAUCACAUGGCCAAGGCUGAACUGUCAAAGGAGCUGUAUACUCUGAUGUUCUCUCUGGACUGGGUCAGCACUAAAGCCAGGCUCAUGGGGCCAGCCCACCUCAUCAAUGACUACGUGGAGUAUGCAGACAUGCUGGACAAAGAGAACGGCGAGGUGCGUGGCCAGUUCCAGGAGUUCCUGUCGCUGAGUGGCCACCAGCUGGAGCAGAGGCCCUUCCCCGACGUGGUGCAGCUGGCCCUCUCCCAGCCACACGACUCCGAGGUCUACCGCCAGGCCAGCCAGCACGCACAGCACCGCACACACAAGGGGGCGCUAUACUUAAACUGGCUCAAUAAGAACAGCCUGGAGAGCUUGUCUCGGCUGGUGCUGCAGCCUCAUCAGGGGGUGGUCUACUACUCCUGCUUCUCCCACGACGGCACCAAGAUCGCCUCCUGUGGGGCCAGCAGGAAAGUGCGGGUGUUUAAGAGCACUAGUGGUGAGAAGCUGUUGGAGCUGGCGGUGGAUGAUGACGAGGUGUUGUGCUGUGCCUUCUCCCCUGAUGACCAUCUCAUCGCCACCUGCUCUGCUGACCGCAAGAUCAAGGUAUGGAAUGCGGAGCGCGGCAGUCUGAUCAGGACGUUUGACAUGGAGUACGAGGAGCAAAUCAACCACUGCCAGUUCACCAACACCAGACACCGCCUCCUGCUGGCCACCUGCUCCAAUGACAAGUUCAUGAACACCAAGCUGUGGAACCUGAACAAGGCGUCGUCCCAAAACACCAUGUUUGGCCACACGGACGCCGUUAACCACUGCUGCUUCUCCCCAGACGAUAAAUACCUGGCAACCUCCUCUAGUGAUGGGACUCUCAAGAUGUUUGAGGUGACGUCGGCUAACGAGUGGAAGAGUAUCGACGUGUGUGAGCAGUUUGGGGAGGCGGAGCAGGAGGCUGGUGUCAUGGUAACCUGCAGCACCUGGUCAGCUGACGGCACACGCAUCAUCUGCGCAGCCAAGAACGCAGUGUUUGUGUUUGAUGUGGCCAGUACAGAGCUGUUGUGUGAGAUCCGCACGAGUCGCCACAGCACGGUGCAGUUCUGUCACGCCUGCCCCAACAGCCAGCUCCUCGCCAUCGCUCUCUCACACUACGCAGUGGAGCUAUGGAACUUUGAGUCUAAUAAGAAGGUAGCGGACUGCACAGGGCAUCUGAGCUGGGUGCGCUGCGUUCAGUUCUCCCCCGAUGGCAAGCAACUCCUCUCCUGCUCCGACGACCAGACCAUCAGGCUCUGGGAGACGGAGAAAGUUCACACCUCCUCUGCGGCGUCCCUGAAGAGGGACUCUGACGUGCUAUUCGCCGACAACGGUGACGUCACCGUGGUUGCCGCCGACAACCGUAACUGCCUACAGGUGCGUAGUGGGCCCACUGGUGCGUUGGUGUUCGAGUCGGAGAAGCAGGAGGCCAGAAUCCGCUGCAGCUGCAUCAACACACACACACCUGCUGUGGCCAUGGGCAGAGAGGACGGGGCAGUCAAGGUAGAGAGCCUGAGUCAGGCCCUAUGGAGGAUGGGCCGGAGGGCUCUACACGUUCUGAACCCACACAGGUGCUUGGUGCUGGCACUAGGGCUAGAUACAGGCACAGUACAGGUGCUGGAGGUUCCCUCAGGAGCCCCUCUGGCCACUCUGCUGGGCCACACGCGCACCGUCUUCCACUGCUGCUUCACCCCGGACGGAGAGCACCUGGUCACCUCCUCCGAGGAUACCACUAUCAGGGUGUGGAGGUGGAGAACAGGGGAGUGCGUGGUCCUCCAGGGACACACAGAGUCGGUCAGGAAGUUUGCUCUUCUUCCCCCUCCGCCCUCAUCAUCGUCUUCCUCACAUCUGCUCUCCUGGUCAUUCGAUGGAACUGUCAAGGUGUGGGACAUGGUCUCGGGUUCGAAGCUUCAAGAUGUGCCCGCCCACACCGGCGCCAUCCUGUCAUGUGACCUGUCCUCAGACGGACUGCGAGCCGCCACCACAUCCACAGACCAGAACGCCAAGGUGUGGAGCUGCGAGUCCUGGGAGCUGCUCUUCACCCUGAACGGACACAAGGACUGCGUACGCAGCUGCCGCUUCUCCCACGACAACCGGCGCCUAGCAACCGGUGACGACGAAGGAGAGAUCAGACUUUGGAGCAUGCUGGAUGGAACGCUGCUGAAGGUGUGUUCCUGUGGCAACAAGGAUGCUAUGGACUCUCUGCAUGGAGGCUGGGUGACAGAUCUGCACUUCUCACCCGACAACAAGGUCCUGGUGUCCACUGGAGGAUACAUCAAGUGGUGGAACGUGGAUCGGGGCGAGGCUCUGCAGACCUUCUACCCCACCGGUGCUAACCUGAAGAAGCUGCACGUGUCUCCAGACUUCUCCACCUUCAUCACCAUCGACAGCAUAGGUGUCCUCUACAUCCUCAAGAAGGUGGAGGCCGACUGACAUUCUAGAAUGCUCACCAUGGCAACCCCAUUGUUAUAAACGUUCUUGAAGCUGUCGGAAUGAGAGAAGGUUUGACUGGAGUGCUCCAUCAUGGAAUCAUAUGUGUUGUUGUGUCAUGACAACGGGAUUCAGGAAGAGGUUCCAGAACACUCACCAUUAGAAUCCUGGAGUGGAGACUACGCUUCCGGAAUGCUCAGCAGUCAACGGCACUGGAGUCUUCCAGGUCCCAAAGAAGGUGGAUGGGAUUUUUGUUGUUGUUGUUGUUGUUGUUGUUGGUACCAUGCACAGAAGUACUGUGAUGGCAAUCACCAAAAGCAAUCAUAAAGAAAAAUAAAUCUUGAUAAUCAAAAGUGAUGAAAGCGUUUGAGAUUUGGCCCUCAUGCUGUGGUUAGUCUUUUAGAAUUUUUUGAGGGGCUUUGUAGAGAAUCCUGUGGGUGCUGUUUUUUUUAGCAUUUUUAAAAAUACAUAUUUCUAAUCAUUUCUAUUUGGAUGAAAUCUUGUGAUUAAAUGUGCUCUGCCUUAUUGCAGCCGUGAGGUUUACACAGGACUGGUGGGCUUUUAUUUGGUGAGGGAAAUCUGGGACCGUUUAUGGAUAACACUUCAUUUGAUGUUGUCAUUGUUGCAUUGUAUAUAUGUAGUGGUUCAACCUGUGUAUCUUUGUAAUAGCAUGUUUUAGCAUUGAUAUGUGGUGAAACUGCAUUAGAACCACAUUGCAGAAGAAACUUUAGCAUUAUAACAGUGUAACUACAUUGUAACAGUGACAACUUAAAAUGACGUGUUGUCCAGUCCCCUUGCUUUACUGUGUACCAAUGCCAGCACACCAUAUGUCAGAUGUCCUACAUUUAAAAAAAAAAAAUGCACGACCAGGUCUUUUUUUAUUAUUUCAUUUUCCGUUUAAAUUGCUGUUUUUCACUUUGGCAACAGAAGGCAGCCUUUUUUUGGGCUUUGCUAUGGCCUUAAUUUCCAAAAAUAGUUUAUCCCCAUUCUAGAGGAGAUUCUCUCUUCUUUUGUACUCUCUGUCCUGUGGAGUGUGUGUGCGUGCGUGCGUGCAUUUGUGUCUUUAUGAAAUAAACUCUGUUAUAAUCUAUGGCUAAUAUAGUGCAUGACCCUAUUGCGCCCUGAUGUGCGCUUGCAAUCGCUCGCUAUUAACGCUUGCUGAUUCUGCACAAACCAGUCAUUUUUUAUCAACUUGAAAAAAAAUCCACACACCUGGAAAAUUCUGUUACCUGUACAUCUGUUUACAUCUAUGAGCAAACCAAGUAAAUGCUGUUGUUGGUGUCCUGUUUUUCUUGCCGUACAUACACGUGUGAGAACAAACAAACACGUAUCAGGUUUCUUCUGAGUCUUUAUCUCAGACUUUCUUAUCUUUAUCUGUGCCUGUAUGAUCCUGCACCAGCUGGAAGUCAUUUUUACCUGUGCACGACUGUUAGCACACCACAGCCAAAAAUAUAGACUGCUAUCCCAACGUAGGCUACAAUCACAGUUGUGGAUGCAUGCAAUCUCAUGCACUGGGCAUCUAUAUUGCUAACCUGUCUCGUUCCGCCAAGCCAUAGCCUGAGCCUUAUCGGACAAGCAUGCAUGCAAUGUCUUGCAAAGUGUGACACUUCUUGUGAUAUCUCGUCCAGUUGACCACCACUUUUACAGUCGACUGUUAAGUGCACUUGUUGUCCAGUGAUGGGCAACCUGGAUUCGUUAGUUACAAUCCAGUACCACGUAGUCCAAAUGACCUGCCAGUCACCUGGUUUAAUGGGAUUAAAUGAACAAGGCAAAUUUCUAUUUGAGAUGAAAAAUGAUUGGGACCAUGCAUAUUGAUGAAGAUGUGUAUAUGAAAGGUAAAUCUCAGAUAAAUUGGAACAUGUGACACUGACUGGACUGUAAACUGAUGAAUAAAGGUUGCACAUCAUCACUGUUCUUGUCUUGACCAGACGGUUCUUGGUUGCCUUGCAAUCGCCCGCAAUUUAGCCUGGUUCUCACAGACGGUGCGUGUGUGUACACAAACUACCGUCUGGUAGCACUGCCAUUAACACGCUCUUCUCGAGUCAGAAAAUAAAUGGUGCAUUUAUUGCAACUCACCACCAACAAAUUCCUCCAAAAACGUUCCGUCAUCUCUGAAGAGUCAAUAUAGGCUAGAAUCUGUCCUGUGACUCAUCAAUGCGAGCUGCUGUUGAUUUUUAAGCAAUAAAUGCUCAGUUUAUUUUCUAGCCGAGAAGAGCAUGCUAAUGGCAGCGCUUCCAGACGGUAGUGUGUUCCGGUCCAACGGACUGUGGAGCUACACACACGCACCGUAGGUGAGAACCAGGCUAUUAGCAAUAGGAAAUAGUCAGGAAUCGCAGCUCUCAUGGGGCUAGCGGGGUUAAUCAAAGAGCAGUCAGGGUACAGCCAUCUUGGUUUGUUUUUCAAUGGGCUCGAUCGUGAUGAAGCAGUGCUGCUUUUGCUAGGCAGCGUGCAUACGCACUAACCAGAAUGCAUCAAACUGGCAAAGUGAGCAGCACUGCUUCAUCACGAACGGGCCCAAUGAUAAUUAUGAAAAAAUACUACUUUAUACAUGUAUGUGUCACUGGUUGUAUGGUGUUUUGCAUGAUGCACAUAAUUUAUAUCAACACGUUGAAAUAAAACUGUGAAUCCCUA